AUGACCAAAGCUUUCAGCUCGCCUGGGAAGGCAUUGCUUGCGGGCGGGUACUUGGUGCUAGAUCCCGAGUAUGACGCCUACGUGAUUGCAUUAUCGGCUAGAAUGCAUGCUAUUAUCAAGCUGGAUGGGUUAAAAAAACCAGGUUCACCGUCUUCGAUCAAAGUUGCGUCGCCUCAGUUCCGCCAGGGCGAAUGGGAAUGGGAAUGCAAGGUCAAUGCGUCCAACCGUUAUGACAUAACCGAAGUCAAGUCUCGAAGAAACCCGUUUUUGGAAGCAGCGAUACGCACAGUGCUAGCUUACUUUCAACCUCGGGAUUUCCAUUUGGAAAUCACCAUUUAUUCUGACCCGGGUUACCAUUCCCAGGAAAACACCCGCGUGAAGUCAUCCGCGAAUGGAGAAAAGAGCUUUUUGUUCCACCAAAUGGCCAUCAACGACGUCCCGAAAACGGGCCUCGGCUCGUCGGCGGGGCUAGUCACGGUGGUGUCGGCAGCGUUGAUGUCCCACUUUGCUCCUGGGAGUGAAUCUCUGCUGGAUCUACUUCACAACAUAGCGCAAGUGGCCCACUGUUUGGCCCAGAAGAAAAUCGGGUCCGGGUUCGACGUUGCCGCCGCCGUAUACGGAUCCAUCAUCUACCGCCGUUUCCAGCCGUUAGUGAUGAACGAGAUUUUAGAAGCUCUUGAAAACGCAUCGAGUCCGGAGACAGUGAAGCUGUUGAUAGACAAAAGCUGGGACUUUAAGCACGAACGCUGCGCGUUGCCCCGCACGGUGCGCUUGUUGAUGGGCGAUAUCCAGGGCGGGUCAGAAACUCCAAAGAUGGUUUCCAAGAUUAUGCAAUGGAGGAAAGAUGACCCCGCGCGUGCCAGGGAGAUUUACAAACAACUCGAUAUGGCCAACGCCCACUUUACACGGACCAUCGAAGGUAUUGGCCAAGCACUUGGCCAAGAUGCAGAGUCUAGUUUGACUGCGUCGAAUGUGGACAAGCUUGCAUCCGCUAUUCGCGAGAUCCGCAGUGGGCUCCAAGCCCUAACUGCAGCUGCAGAUGUCCCAGUUGAGCCCCAAGUGCAAACAAAGUUGUUGGACAACGUCGGCAGGAUCAAAGGGUGUUUGGGCGGGGUUGUUCCCGGUGCUGGCGGAUACGACGCCAUAGCGGUCUUGGCAUUGACCGAAGCUGUGAAGGACAUCAAGUCCACCACCGCGGCAUCACCUGAACUAUACAACAACGUCCAUUGGGUCGAUCUACAUGAAGAAGCCGAAGGUGUGAGGUGCGAGAACCCCGAUGAUUAUGUCGGAUUGUGA